AUGCCCCGUUCCCCUACAAAUUCUUUAAUUCUAACAAACCUUGACGCGUCAUUAGAAGGAAACCCAGAAAUUCUUGCACGUGACUUGUCAUAUGGCAACUUCAACGUGGAACUUGUGUCACUUCCACGAUUCGGCAGGAUCAUUAUCAUCUGCAUGUCUGCGGCUGACGCCACCUCUGUCCGAGACUAUCUUACGGAAAAAUUAGAAAUUAAGGCACUGAUGUCUUUUAGCAUACGCGAUAAUAACCUGAGAUUACUUGAUGACAGUCUGUGGGCGGUCGAAACAAAUGAUGUGCACUUCUUGGAGUUGCCUCUGGAGGAUGGGAGCAGAAGAUUUCUUAUUCUGCCCCCACUAUCGCCUCAUAGCGAAUGGAACGAUUUCGACAAAGCAGAAGAGGGCCCCAAUAAAAAAGCGGUCUAUUCUCCAAAUGAAUUAACGCAUUUAUUAUGGGACCGGUUGGGUGGUUUUGCAAGUUCCCACGUGCGUAAGUAUCAAUACGACGAGAACGCGAGCGAUCAUGAAAGCGAUCUCACCGAGAUAAGAGGUUGUGAGGAUACCGUUUUUGACCUUGAAAAUAAACCUGAGAUUCUAUUUCAGGAUAUAGAAAAUGGCGCACCGGCGAUCGUAAUUGAUCGAGUAAACAAUCAAGAGAAGGCUGGGCCAGGCGUGCUUCCGAAAACAGCUAUCCCCCCUCCUUUACUAUAA